AUGUCCCAUGACAAACCCGCCGCGCCGCCAGUGAAUGUGAAGCUCUUGCUGAUCGGGAACUCGUCUGUGGGGAAGAGCAGUCUGCUGCUGCGAUUCUCGGACGAACAAUGGCUCCCAGAGGACGAGGCCAGCGCCACUAUUGGUGUGGACUUUCGGGUACAUAAGAUGGAGAUCAAGGGGAAGAAGGUGAAGCUGAGCAUAUGGGAUACCGCAGGGCAGGAACGGUUCCGCACGAUCACGUCGUCGUACUACCGUGGAGCGCAGGGCAUCAUUCUAGUCUACGACGUCGCGAACAGGGAGUCCUUCGACGCGCUACCACGAUGGUACUCCGAGCUGGAGACCUACGUAUCGCCCGCUGUCGUGAAGAUCAUAGUCGGGAACAAGGUCGACAAGGAAUUCUCCCGACAAGUGACAUACACCGAAGGCCAGCACUACGCGCAGCGCAUGAACUCGCUCUUCAUCGAGGCGUCCGCCAAGACAGCUGUCGGCGUGCGCGAGGCCUUUAUAGAAGUCGUCGAGAAGAUCCUCGACACACCAGAGUUGUGGGCGUCUGUCACCCAGAAGGGCCGCCCUGGGCUCGGCGGUGGGGGCGUGGCAGAGAACAGCAUGCCCGGUGGGGGCAUUGACCUCAACCAGGCUCAGAGUGCCGAAUCCGAAGGGGGGUGCGCAUGCUGA